AUGCCGCCCAACCCAGCAGGAUCCGGCAAGGCCGAUGGCAAGACUUCGAAAUCCAACGAGCGCAACGAGUACAUCCCCUCCUUCAUCGCGAAGAAGCCCUUCUAUAUCGACGACAACACCGCGACCGAUGCCGACUACCUCGAGCAUCAACGUCUCCAGUCACAAAAGAACCACGAUCCACUCGCGACAGCACAAUGGUACGAUCGGGGUUCCAAGAAGGGCCCGGCCGCGACCAAAUACCGCAAAGGCGCAUGCGAAAACUGCGGUUCGAUGAGCCAUAAAGAAAAGGACUGCCUGCAGAGGAAGCGUAAAGCCGGCGCAAAGUGGACAGGCAAGCACAUUGCGGCAGAUGAGAAUGUCAAAGACAUCAGCCUGGGCUGGGAUGCGAAGCGCGACCGCUGGAACGGCUUUGAAGCGAGCGAGUAUCGGCAGGUGAUCGAAGAGUACAACGAAAUGGAAGAGAUGAAGAAGCGAGUCGCUGGUGAAGAAGACGAGGGAGAUCGCUAUGAGGCAGAAAGUGACAUGGGGCGAAAGCAGGCUUCUUCGACAAGAAAUCUACGAUUACGAGAAGAUACUGCAAAAUAUCUCGUGAAUUUGGAUUUGAACAGUGCGAAAUAUGACCCGAAGACUAGAAGCAUGAUUGACUCUGGCAACGGAGAUCCGGACUCUGUGGAUGCUGGUGAGGGCUUUGCGAAAGCGAGGGGAGAUGCGGAAGAAUUUGAGCGUGCACAGACAUAUGCGUGGGAGACGCAGACGCGGGGUGACAAAGACAAGAUCCAUCUCCAGGCGAACCCGACGGAGGCGCUUCUGACUCGCAAGCGCAAGGCUGAGGAAGACAUACAGCGGAAAGAGGCGCAGAAGAAGGCCCUCACGGACAAGUACGGCUCGCAGGAUGGGAUUUCGAAGAAGCGCCCAGUUGCCGCAGAAGUCACGAGCAAUGAGCGAUAUGUGGAGUACGACGAGCGGGGUAAGAUCAAGGGCGAACCUGAGAGAAAGGAGAAGAGCAUGUAUGCCGAGGACGUGCUCAUCAACAACCACACGUCAGUCUGGGGCAGCUGGUGGAAAGACUUCACGUGGGGUUAUGCAUGCUGUCACAGUACUGUCAAGAACAGUUUCUGCACAGGCGAGGAAGGUAAAAAGGCCCUGAAGGAGGCAGACGACUUCAGCAAGGGUCUCUCAUUGCCUUCUGCUGAGGAGUCUGGUAAUGCGCAAGAGGUAGAGAAGCAGGAAGCGUGGAGGGAAGAGGAGAGGCAGGAAGAACAUGUUCCGAAUGGGGUCGACAAACCGGCAAAGCAGAAGAUGGAUGAGAGCAGGCGGAGACUAGACGAGAUGAAAGCUGGUGUGACGGAAGAGGAAAUGGAGAAGUACCGAAAGGAGAGGACGAACAAGGAUGAUCCCAUGGCAAAAAUGCUGGGAAUAGAUGAGUUAGUUGAUACUUGA